ACUAUCUUCCUCCUACUUACCGAAAAGAUAGUAGUUAUGAAACUGUUACUAGUGUUUCUUGUGGUUGCUAUAGCAACUGCUGCAUCCCAUGCAACCAACGACUACCAUGUAAUCCGAAGGGUUGUCCCAAACUCAGGUCUCAGCCACUCUGGUUCUGCCAAAACUAAGUGCCUGAGCUGGCGGCUGGCGGUGGAAACUUACAACCUCCGCGACUGGAAGCUAGUGCCGGCAGAGUGCAUAAGCUACAUCGGGAAUUACAUGAUGGGUAAGCAGCAUGGUCAAGACUGCACCGCUGCUGCUGAUGCUGCAUUUGCCUAUGCCAAGACCAUCAACCUUACCGGUGAUGGCAAGGACGCUUGGGUCUUGGAUAUUGACCAAACUGCUCUUUCGCUACUAGAUUAUUAUGCUCGUCCUGAUGUCCAGUUUGGGGGAAUCUUGUAUAACGAUACAAGAUUUGAAGAAUGGCUGGCACAAGGAACCGCGGCUGCAACUCCAGCGGUUCUUGAUCUGUACAAUAAACUGAAAUCAAUAGGUUUCAAGAUCGUGUUCAUUUCUGGGACAUCAGAGACCCAAAGAGACAUAAGGAUUGCCAAUUUGAACAAAGCAGGUUACUACAACUGGGAGAAGCUUUUGCUAAAGAGCGAGUCGGAGCAUGGGACUACAGCACAGGUGUACAAAACGAACAAAAGGACAAAACUGGUCGGAGAGGGAUACAGAAUCCAUGGAAAUAUGGGUGAUCAAUGGAGCGAUUUGAUCGGUCCCAACAACGGUGAUCGGACUUUCAAGUUGCCGAAUCCUAUGUUCUUCAUUCCGUAAACCAACCGGUGGCCGGCCGGAAAAAAACUAAACAAAUAAUUGGAUGGGUGGUGUUUCUGAGAUCAUCAAGAGCUAUCCUCCAUCAUCUUUGUGUAUUUCUGCAAUUUCAUUUGGAAGUGCAUUAUAAUUUUAAUAAUAAAUUAAUAAUAAUGAUCGUCUUUU